AUGGAGGACUCUAAUAAUCCCAAGUUAGGCACCUUGGUCUUUGAGUUUGAUCAAACACAUACGUAUUCUUGUUGCGACUUUUAUAGUCGUCGAUUCCAAAUUGUUUCUGGUGAAAACAGCUUUAAUGUCUAUCAGAAUGGAGGAAGCAUAAAAAACAAAAGAAAAAAGAAUGUAGGUAGCGUACCUUAUUUUUUAGCAAAAUCAACUGAGAAAGGUUCAACCUUGGCAGGUUCUUGUCAUGGAGUAGUUUGUUUGUAUGAUGUCAAUAUCAGGGAUGGCGUUGUUCUUUGGAACCCUGCUACAAGGCAAAGUAAACUUCUCCCAAAACCGUGGAGUCAAAACAGAUACUUGAAUCGAAAUCGCUACAGCGGUGCACAAUAUGGUACUACUCCGGAAAUUCAAGUAUACAGACAAAGUACUGAUUCUUGGAGUUGGAUAGAUUCAGAUUUUAGUAGUGCAAAAUGUUGUGUACUUGAUUGGAGCAAGCAAGGCAGAUACUUGAAUGGUAAUUAUUUCUGUAUAGGUUUUCGAAGAUACAUUCAAACAAUUGUUUCAUUUGAUUUUAACAAAGAGGUGUUCAGAUCAAUACCAAAUACAGGGGAUUUCAUAACUUUCGCGACUACAGUGUUCCAACUAGAUUCAAUAGGGGGACAACUUGCUUGCAUUGAGGAAUCAAAUCGUUUUGAGGAACCAAACUGUUUGAAGACAUUUGAAGUAUGGGUGUUGAAUGACUUCAAUGCAACCGAGGAGAAUUAUUCAUGGACUAUACUUCCAAUCAAUAUGACCGUUGGUUGCCAAUGGGGAUUUCCAGGAAUAGACAGUUUGGUUUUGUUUCUGAAUUUAAGGACACGAAACUGUACAAUUUUGUCACUGGUGAAAUUGGGGAUUGGGAUUCCGGUCAAGGCAUAA